UGUGCUUCUGACUCUUGUAUCGACUGGCAUCUCAACGUUGCUGUCGCUGCGGUGCGCAACUGCGCCCUUCACACGUGUUGUCCUUGAGAGAUUGUUCGUCGUUGACACUGCUGCGCCCAGCUCGUCGUCUCUCCCAAUCAGUGUCAACGCGAUAUAUCUUACGCUGACAGUCAAGGAAGUGUCGAACUCUCUUCAACGCGUUCACUGUCGGGUUGAUCAAGCAGUCUGCACGGUAUCUUUGUUGCAUUGACAAGGGACAUUCAACGAUCGCGUUGAGAGAUGGCUUCUACGCAUCAAGCAGCGUUCAAUCAUCAUGCAUGUUCGUCCACCGAUCUUCCAACGGAGACGGUUUGGAACCCUGAGUUCUCGGCGUACCAACAACCAUGGAGUAUCCUCGAUACCUGGACAUCUCCCGUCCAACCUAUGCAGCGAUACCUCCAAGAGCGCGAUCGACCGUUCUUCAUGUCCAACAAGUUCGAGGAGGAUCCAACCAUGCAGCCCUUUCCCGACGUACCGGUCUACGGACUCCGGUACGUCGACUCGGAGGGAUCGUUGCAAUCACUCCCAUGCCGCUAUCCGUCGCCUAGUGAGAGUGGGAUCUCGAUGUCGCAUCCAAGCAGUGUCCUCAGCGACCGCGAAAUGACGCCCAAUCGUUCACCACAUGUAAAGGCGGCUGUAGAUCAGCCGCAAGCGAUGUACACUAACAUGAGCUUCCUUGCCAGCGGCGGAUACUCUACAUACGAGCGUUGUGAUGUUUUCAAUGAUGGACACUGCGUGGCUCUACAUGAUGUCCAGCAGUAUGCCGACGCGCAACCGGAGAGUGUUCACUAUGACGACGAGCAUCUAGCAUAUGGACACUACGCGCAGGAAGGUUAUCACCCAAUGCAUGACGACGUACAUACCGAAGUGUCUUGCUCACCAAGCCAGCUGUGCAAUCCAGGCGCAUCGGACGGCAACGUUGUUGCCUCGAGCGAGGCGGCACCGGUCAUCCGCCGCCGUCGCGCCAGCUCAACACGCGCAAUAACAUCUCCAUACUUGGCUUCGAAGGUGGUCAAGCGUCCGUCCCCCGGCAAACGCACCUCCUCGCACGACGAGUCGAACACCAAUUCAGACGCGACCUUGUCAACCGUGCGGCCUUUCCCGUGCGCAUUCGCGCAGUACGGCUGCACCUCAAGCUUCGGAUCGAAGAACGAGUGGAAGAGGCACGUCGCAACGCAGCACAUGCGCCUGGGCUACUGGCGCUGCGAUCAAUGCCCCAACAGCGAACGCAAGCCCAACGACUUCAACCGUAAAGAUCUGUUCAUCCAGCACGUCAGGCGAAUGCAUCCUGUCCCGCGCGAUGACAAGAAGAGUCCAACGAAAGUAAAGACACAGGCGGCAUCUGGACGAGGCGGGAAGGUUGACGCAGAGGAAGAGGCUCUGGGUGAAAUUUCAAGAAGGUGUUACAAGCUACUGCGAUCAGCGCCACAACGAAGUGGCUGUCUGUUCGCGAAGUGCGCCGUCUCUUUCGACGGGUCGGGAUCGUGGGACGAGCGGAUGGAACACAUCGGACGGCACAUGGAGACAGCGAAGAAGGUCGAGGGGGACAUUGUGCAUCCCACAGCCUGGCGUCUUGACGAGGUGACCGAGGCGUGGCUGCUCAGCGAACAGAUCAUCGCGAUGCAAAAGGGGCGCCUAGUCCUGGCAUGAGAGUGACGGUGGACCUGCUGGACCUCUACGAGCUUUCUCCUUUCUGAUUAGGACACAAGGCUGAUCAACGAUACGGUUCCCUAUGCUUGGAUGGGCGGAAAAUGGAUGAUACAACCUACACUGUCGCUAAUGUAAUGGCACGAUGACACGGCAAUGAUACCCCUGAUAUUUAUUUCUACACCAGUCAGCUAGCGGCUAGGUAUUGGCAAUGUCCACAACAUGCGCGUCUGUAGCGACAACACCACGAGUGCGCCAAGCGCAAGUGCAUUUCAGCUUCAGGUCUCGACCUUUCUGAUGACUGGAAGCUGUUCCAAUUCGUCCUUGAUU